AUGUUGUCAUCUUAUAAACUUAUAUGUAAUUUAUGUAAACAAUGUCCAGUGCGAUACAUCAGGACGUCUCCUUGCCUAAAGACUUUUUGGGAAAAGGAUGACAAAGGAGGAUACAAAGAUAAUCGACAAUACCCUUCUUUGAAGGAACGAAUGAGAGGUGGAAUUAAAGAACUGAAACAUGAAAUUGCUUUGUGGAAAGAAGAGAUGAAAGAAAGACUGGAAUCUGACCCCCUCUUGAUUUUCAGACCUGGAGAGGUUGAUGUUCAGUGGCAGUUCAAUGAUACAGAAUCUUUGAAGAAAUGGAUUGUUACGGCAGAUAGUGAUAACAAUGAGGGGCAUAGUAAUUGUUCGUUGACGUUAACAAGUGGAGGAAAAGGGAUAUUUUCUGGAGAAUUAUCUACAAGAGCUCCUAAGGAUGGCCGAGUGAAAAGGUCUGGCUAUUGUAAUAUUAAAACUACAAGAGCAAGAAAAUCUUUCAGAAGGGAUGCCCAUUUAGAUUGGACAAGUUAUAAUAUGUUGGUUAUGAGAGUUAGGGGCGAUGGAAGGUCAUAUUUAUUAAAUAUACAUACAAGAGGUUACUAUGAUAUAACUUGGAAUGAUAUGUACCACUAUGUGCUCUUUACAAGAGGAGGGCCAUACUGGCAAGUAGCAAGGAUUCCAUUUUCUAAAUUCUAUUUUGCAUCCAAAGGACGUAUUCAAGAUAGACAGGAAUCAAUCCCUUUGAAUAAAAUAACUAGUUUUGGUAUAACUGCUGGAGAGAGACAUGGGGGUGAAUUUUCAUUAGAAAUUGAUUAUAUUGGAUUAGAGUUUGAUCCUAACCACAGGGAGGACUUUGCCUAUGAAAUGUAUAAAACUUCUAAAUAUAUUGUUGCUACAUAA